CGAACUCACAUUUUCCCCCGCAAAUUCAAUCGAAUCCUUCCAACAAACCACGGCCGAAACGAAUUAGACCCUUGCCGCCUCGAAAGAGCAAGCAAUCAAUCAAUCAAUCAAGACUCUAUAGGCUGGCUCGGAGAACAUCUGGUGAAAUACAAGGAGGGGAUUCGCACAACCCACUGGCACACGAUCAAGCAGACAGACCAAGCAAGAUGUUCCACGUCCCCAACGCGAAAAGAAUCAAGAGAUCAGAACUCUUCCAGGUCGACGACGACAGUCAAAGUCAAGCUGGCUCCGAGACAGGCUCUAGAGCCGGUUCGCCGGCCCAAAGCGAUGCUGACACUGAUGCUGUCGUUCCUGUUCCAAACUAUGGCUUUGAAUAUGAAAUAGUUGAAGCCGGAGAAGCUCCUAAUAAUCGAAAUCAGACUCCGGAACAGCAUGACGAAGAAGAGGAACAGGAAUACCAAUUCCGCCUAUUCACGACAUCAUCCAAACCCAAAACCGGCCAACAGCCCUCAACCACUACCACCACUACUACUACUACCACCACCAAACCAACCAUCCGCCUCUCCCGAACGCCAUCCCCAGUACCCGAGGGGUUGUCGCUAUCCCUAUCCCUGGACAAAGCGCAUUUCAUCAACCCCAGUCGUCCCGAAACAUACUACUUCACGGCCUCUCUUCCACAGGAAACCAUCCAGAUUUUACGACGGCAGUAUACCGAGGCCGCUCUCUCGACCAACGACAUCUUGGUCCGUGCAAAAGCGACAAAAUGGCCUGGAACCUCGCUGCCAUGGCGAGUCAUUCAUGUGAAGAAGGCGGCGGAUCGGACCAAGAAGUCGUCGUCCCAGUCUAAUGACGACCCUGGCAAGGUCACCGUCAAUGUUGAUGGCUCAACAGUGAAAUCGAAAUCAAAAUCAAAACCAGGCAAGAAACGCCGGAUCGUGCUCCGUCGUCGACUGGCGAAAAAGGCCGAAUUUGCGGCUCAGGCCCAGGUGGCCGAGUUGACUGAGAAGGAAAAACGGACCCGGCGCAAUCGGGAGAAGAAAGUCAAACGCAAGGAGAGGGAGAAGCGGAAGAAGGAGAUGGAAAAGCUGGCGGGCGCGGGUCCCCAGAUGAUCUCGAACGAUUGGACUAGAGGUGAGGGAGGUGAAGGAGGCGGUGUUUCUCAGAACAGUGACGGCGAUGGAAGCAACUGACUUCAUCCCAAUGGUUCAUCACACUGGCAUCAAAAGUAUCAGUCGCAGAUACAGCUACCUUGUGCACUAUUCUACGCAACACAUUGUACUAGUUUUGGACUGGUCAGGUUUUGCAUGGCGUGUACUGGAUCACGCUUCAUUUAGGCGUUUUCAGGUGCAAUCAGUCAGCGAGGUUGAGCUCUCAUAAAAAGGUCGAUUUCUAUCUUGCCCCAAACUUAAGUUUUUAUUUCCGGCUAGAGUUGUCGUCUUGUCCAUCAACAUCACCUACCAAGGUAGAUACUGUAAGAGGUGCACAAACUGAGGUUGGCUCAGCUUGUACAGUACUCCAUCUUCAACAUCAAGUGCAUCACAUCAACAUCAAAAUUAGUUCAACUUUUAAUUUCAAAUCCAUGUAUCAAUCAUUGCGGG